AUGAGUCAUGGCAUCGCGUGCUUCAUCCUCUCCGGCCGCGCCCUAACAAGCAGCGUCACCACAAGCAACCAUCCGCGCCUUUCUCUCCAUCCAGUCGCUUACGUGCCAUCACCCCCUGCUUCUCCUCUCCUCCACCCUAUUGCAGGGAUAUCAGUAACAACUCUCUUACAGGUGCUCUCCCUCCGUCACUGGGCAACCUUACAGAUCUAUGGAGCCUGCCGUAGGCAUUUUCAUCUUGGUUUCAGGCAACCAGACACUCGUGUGUUGGUUAUCAUCUCAGCUCCCAGCUCUCAUGCCCCUUUCCAUUCUUCUCUACUCCCUGUACUUGCCUUGCCCCCAACAGAGAUGUUCGCUGCCUCAGCCCCCGAGUCUCAACCCGCUCCGCAACCUCCUCUGCCUUCCCCUCCCUCCCUCCCUUCCAUUGCACCUGCCUCCGCCUCUCUCCCAUCCCCCGCACCCGCAUCACAGCCUGCUCCUGCAUAUUUCGCCCCACCCUCCCUUUCCUCCAUUCCCCUUGCACCACCCUCCUCCCCUCCUGUACCUGCACCUGCCUCGAAUGUCACCAACGCCACGAGUACUGAAGAAAACACAAGUGGUGUCAGCAGCAGCACUGCGAAGGGAGUGUAUGGAUCUCCAGUGGCAAUGGCGGUGGUUGCAGCUGUGGUGACAGCAUUGGCGGUGGCAUGUCUGCUCGUGGGUGUGCGCUGGGCGAUGAAUAGAAGAGAUGGCAGUAGAGCAGGGAACAAGGAUGCGUGGAACCCUGCAUAA